AUGGACAAGCGUCCCGUACAUGGUCCUUCACACUGCAGGAGCCGCUCUCCUCUGACCAGGCUCCGCUCCUCGCUUCGUAGCUCCGCCUCUAUGUGCUGGAUUAGAGGAACUUUGUUCAAAGUGUCGGCCAAUCAGCUGUCCCGAGCCCUGACCCCUCGCUCUUCUAGCCCCGCCCCCUUCUCACCUCCUGGCUCCGCCUCCAGAAACCUGGCAAGGUCCGUCCUCCUCCGCAGUCUGUCCAUCGUCCGCUCCAGUGGACUCAGAUUGAGACACAAACAGAGACAGUUCUGUAUGUUUUACAAUCGUUUUGGACGCUGUAACCGUGGAGACCAGUGUCCUUAUGUCCACGACAAGGAGAAGGUGGCCGUGUGUACCAGGUUCCUCAGGGGGCGCUGUAAACAAGGAGAUAGCUGUCCUUUCUCCCACAAAGUCUCCAAGGACAAGAUGCCUGUUUGCUCCUUCUUCCUCCGCGGCUGCUGCUCUCACACAGACUGUCCCUACAGCCACGUGUACGUGUCAAGAGACGCACAAGUCUGUGAGGACUUCCUCCGAGGCUACUGUCCCCUGGGCCAGAAGUGUAAGAAGAAGCACACUCUGGUUUGUCAGGACAAAAACUGUUCCCGCGGCAACGAUUGCAAACUACAGCACAAACGUCCAAUCAGGCGCAGCGCAGCCAGGAAGUCCCGCCCACCUGCCAAAAGAAGCAAAAGUCCACAGACCCCAGACCCUGCAGCUCCUCCCUCCUCCAGUCCUUGUCUCAAUCCUGUUCUCCAGAAGAACCUGAGCCUCCACCAGGGGGCGCUGUGCUCAGAGGGGGAAUGCUGCCAAUUAAGCCCCGUUUCACCGGAACAGCUGAAAGCUGUGGAAGAGACAGUCCUGCAGCUGUGGAAGAGACAGUCCUGCAGCUGUGGAAGAGACAGUCCUACAGCUGUGGAAGAGACAGUCCUGCAGCUGUGGAAGAGACAGUCCUGCAGCUGUGGAAGAGACAGUCCUACAGCUGUGGAAGAGACAGUCCUGCAGCUGUGGAAGAGACAGUCCCGCAGCUGUGGAAGAGACAGUCCUGCAGCUGUGGAAGAGACAGUCCUGCAGCUGUGGAAGAGACAGUCCUGCAGCUGUGGAAGAGACAGUCCUGCAGCUGUGGAAGAGACAGUCCUACAGCUGUGGAAGAGACAGUCCUGCAGCUGUGGAAGAGACAGUCCCACAGCUGUAGAAGAGACAGUCCUGCAGCUGUGGAAGAGACAGUCCCACAGCUGUGGAAGAGACAGUCCCGCAGCUGUGGAAGAGACAGUCCUACAGCUGUGGAAGAGACAGUCCUACAGCUGUGGAAGAGACAGUCCUACAGCUGUGGAAGAGACAGUCCUGCAGCUGUGGAAGAGACAGUCCCGCAGCUGUGGAAGAGACAGUCCCACAGCUGUGGAAGAGACAGUCCCGCAGCUGUAG